GCGAGCUCGGCCAACAAUCAGGGUUUUUUCGAGAGGAGCAGUGCGAGAGGGUUUUAGGAUCGAUCGGCAGCGUCGCGGCAAUCCAGGUGAGCUGCCAGGUUUUCUCUUGGCGUAGAUUAGGUCUUGGAGGAUCCGGGGGCGCCGCGGCAGCUCGGCGGCGAAAUUGCCAGAGUGUGGGGGAUUCGCGAUGGAUUCCAGGCGCGAUUCGCAGCAGUGAGAGGGGCGGCAGCUGUGUAUGGAUCAGAGCUGGGAGCGGCAGAGCUUCCUGAGGCAGGAAGACAACGUAGAGCUGUGGGAUAGGGAGAGCAACACCAGUGAUGAGGAGUCGUCCAUUGGCGAGUACGAAGGCACAGAUUUGACGAUGAUGCCCGUGAACGAGGUGGACUUGGAGGAGCUGUGCUGCGAGUUUCCCAGGGACGAGUUGGGGACCGUGCUCGAUGGGCUCAACAAGUUCCCAUGGACUGUCUAUCCCAUCCAUCUCAGGAAUUGCCUCUCGGCGGCUGCAAAGAUCGUGAGUGGUGGCCGGGAAGAAUUCGGUGGGGACUUUCGCAAGCUCCAGACUCUGUACCGGGAGGCUGUGCCGAGCGCGUUUGAGAAGUGCCUGGACGACAAGGCGAUAUGGAAGUGGACCAACGAGAUCCACAACAACAUCUUCGAUGCCGUGUGUAAGCUCAUGGACUUGGUAUCCGUCAAGGCUCCGCAGCUGCUGCUCGACGACGUUGGUGUGGACGAUGACAUGCUGCCGCUGCUCAGGACGCUCGCCAUUGCCUUUGACAAGCAAUGCCAAUUCCAUCUCAAGCACAAAGAACAGGGUCUGCCACCCUCGGCCUCGUCGGUUUCUCCUCCCUGCAACUUUGCGAGGCCGAUGCCCGGGACGCCGUCGAGGAAGGCCAGCAGCAACAACGACUGGCAUUGUGCGAACCGCAAAGGCGCCGCUGUCAGGGACGAGAGCUGCGACUGCAACAGGUGUCGUCCUCCGGAUGUCUACUGCUGGCUGGCCUAUCUCUUGAACUACUUUGGCCACACGGCUUACGGGAAUGGCUACCAGCAUCUCCUGCGGGUGCUCAACUAUCCGCAGAAGCUUUUGCCGGCGGUGAUGGAAGCUCUGCUGCUUCCCAUUGCGAGGUCGACGGAGUUUAUCACGGACGAAGUCGCCAGCCACCUUGGCGACCCUUGCAGCAGGAUUUUGAGGUACGUAGAGGACCUGCUGGAGAGAGACGUGGAUGCUCUGAGCGACAAGACAAAAGACGGGUCUUUUGGAGCGCUGUCGCUGAUACUGAAGCACUUGCAAGUCAUACUCGGUCGGAGCUCGUCGGCAGAAAAGGCUGAGAGCAUGACGAGCAUUGUGCAACGGAAGAUGGUGGAGCGCAUGCUGGGAUUCAACUCAUUCAAUAAGCAGCUGAGCGCGGUUCGGGAGAUCAACAAGCUCCUAGAGAACGCUCGAGCGAUAGCUCCAAGGGAUAAGUCGCGGUCCGUUAAUGCAACAAUUCAGUGGCUCGAGCGAAACAAUAUCUUGCGGCAUGUCCUUAGGUCCCAUCUCCACCACAAACAAUACGUAGACCAGGUAGAAAAGAUUAUGAGGUUUUUGCUGCAAGAGCGUCGCCUUUCAGAGGAGCAUAUUGAUGCUAUCUGGGCAGCCACUGAAAAGCCGGACCAAUUUGAAACGGUCAAAGCAAAUAUCUUUGAUCUUCUCGCCGAUCUUGCUUGGUCAUUUUCAGCCGAGCAGCUGGAUAGUCUAUUUGGUCGCUUCGAGCGCAGCCAGGGGCGCUCGCCGUCAGAUAUCGUGAAGAUCCUCUCUUUAGUUAAAAAACUCGCCCGGAGUGACACAAAGGGAGUUAUGGCUCAAAGGCUGCUGGAGCUACUCUGGAAUAUGAUGCACUCUGGAGAAGCACCUGCGGAAGUUCUUGACUCAGGAGCUCUCACCGAAAUUCUCGGCCACUAUGACUCGGUGAACUGUGCUAGUAAAGAUGAAUACAUUUCGAAAUGCCUGAAAAAUGUAGAGCAUGGAAUCUCGGUGAUUCCGUCUUUACGUCUACUUCGUGAAAUCAUACUUUUAGAUAACGAGAAGCCAUUUUACCAGGAUGAGGUUUCUCGUCAAAUGCGCCUUCAAAAGCUCAUAAAAGACGAUUGUUUUUUACUCAUGGUUGUGAAGAGUUUGGAACAGUACAUGGCCCACGCUCGAUUGAUGUGCUCUGAGAAGUUAGUGGUGGCAAAGCCGUCAGAGAAGACUGCAGCACCCUAUUCCAUUGCAGAUUGUCGGUACACCCAUGAUCAACACGUGAAGGAGCGCUUGGAAUUCAUAUUGUUCUCAAUACAGGCAGGCGAUGUUAGUUUGCCCUGGGAUGCUAUGGAGAGGCUGUGGAACUGCAUGAUUGAGUCGUCUGUGUUCGAUGCUGACAAGGAGAGGGGGUUCCAAUGGCUGUGCGAUGCUCUUGAAAAAACCCCGUGCUUGUCCUUCGACGCAAUGCUCAACAUUCUCACAAAGAAACUUACCUGCAUGGACCCUUGUUCUCUUUCGGAAAUUGCCUGGAGGUGCUUUAUGAGGCUGUUUCUGUGGGUGAAUCUUUUCGAGAAGAAACUUGUGCGAAUAAGAAUCGAUGAAGGGACUGAGACGCACGACUUGCAGCUGAUUGGAAUGUCCUACAUGUGGCAAGCUGCUCUUUCAUCACCUGUCAAUAGCAUUGCGGAACAGAGCAUAAGCAUGUUGCGGGACAUCCAUACUCACCUCUCAGACAGCCUGCGGCAAAAUUUGGUUCAAAUACGCCAGUGCUUUAUCAACGAGUGCCUGCGUAACUUGACUGCUGCCCUUGAGAAUGGACACAGGAAUACGGAGGCAACAGAUAGUAACAGCAUCAGUAUGGUUGAUGGGAACGUAGAUGUGCCGGACGUGGAAAAUUUUACCGAGUCGAUAGAAAGUGAGGCAGACAAGCCGUGCACUGUGAAUUUCGAAAAGGAUCCGUACAAAGUCGAGCGCUGCCUACGGAUACUAAGAGAGUUUAUUAUAAAAUGUGAAGGAUCCUGCCCUCGUAAAGUUCCUGCGCAUGGUGCUUCAUUUCAAGGACGACCGCUUACUUUGGGGGUUAGCACGGCAAAUAAGCAGUCGACACGUUUUGACAUUCUCGUUCAUGCAAACGAGUACCUUGGUUCGUUUCGAGCAAAGGUGGCUGAGAGGCUUGAAUGUCCCGUUUCUCGUGUGCGUUUGAUGCACGCAAACAAAGAACUUAAACAAGAUUCACAGGUGUUGCGGCAGCUGGGCUUAACCGAUGGUCAGCCCCUGACUGCGUCGGUUAAUAUCGUGGACCUUGUUGAAGAGGAGAUGGAUGAGCUGCAGCUACCGGGACUUCUGAUAUCAAAGAGCCCUCAGGUCUACGAUAUCCUUUUCAGACUUGCCGAGGCGGGUCACGGUGGUGUUCGGGAGGAAGCAAACUAUCUCCUUUCAUUGCUGCCAACACAUCCUGGAAUCCUCAGUGAAUUUCAGAAUUUACACAAGAAGCCAGUGGCCAAAGCAAAAGAAUUUCUUACUUUGCAAUUUGGAGCCCACUGUCGACUCCUGUAUACACUUCAGAUAGUGGACGGCUUGCUUAUGCCCGUCAAUCGAAAUGUCGAAAAUCAGCGGUUUAGAAAUGACUUUAUUCGAUUUGGAGGCUUUCGGCAUUUAAUGACGGUUUUCGAACCUGGUGCGAUGAUGGGAGUUGAUAGUCAGACACGGCGUGGCUGUUACACUAGCGCCCUACGUAUUUUAAAGCUUUUGUUGUCAGAAACACAAACUACUUCUCUUUCCGACAACACUCGAAUCAUCGGAGGAGAUACAGUCGAAGAAUCUGAAAGUGGGAGCACCAUCUCUGUUAACGACGACGUCAACGUUGAAAAACUGGAAGUGAUCGACAUGUCAGUAGUCGCAGGUGCUCUAAAGCGACUUACUUGGGGGACUGCACUAGGCCAAAUAUCUAUGCUAGCCAGUUCUGCGCCUUUGGCGGAGAUUUUGAAGGGUCGAAGGUCUGAAAAGAAGUUUGAAAACAGUGGGGACUUCUUAAACCAGGACGAUCGAUACCUCUGCCUUGAAGCGCUGGAACUUCUUGUGACAUGCCUGCUGUCACAUAAAUCAUUACUUGGAACUUUCUUUUCAUCUCCCGACGUUGGCAGGUUUAUUGUGGAUAUGGUUUUACAUUCACCUGACGAGUUUGUCAGAUACCAGGCAGCGUCCAGCUUUCUGAGAUUGAGCAAAGAAUCGGGAAAACAUCCUAUCGUUCGUCGGCAUCUUAUGGCCGCCCUCAUUGACACGAAGGCGGAAGCUAACACCGAGCCGAAGCGCUGUUUACCAUUUUUGGAGCUCUUGGGGCAGCUCUUUUAUCGCAUCAGUGGGCCUGAAGAGCAUGCAAUGGGGGAGCAGCAGCUUCUGGAAGAGCUUUCUUGGCUUAGAUGUGCACCCGAGGCCACUGAUGACGAUGACAGGCUUCUUGAAGGACACUUAUUUUUAGUAAAAGUGUUGAUAGAAGUUCUUGAUCGACGUCUUAUUGGCUCGAGCAAGUUGCCUCAGGGGACCGGCCUAGUGCAAGAGCUGGUUGAGAGUUUCUUAUUUCUAGAAUCGGCAAUGCUAUGGAAAAUCGACGAUGACAGCUGCGACAGGCUCGAUGACAGAGUCCUGCAGUCGAGGUGCGGGACUCGUCGAAGUCGCGAAAAGGCUUUUCAGCUGCUGACUUGCCUGGCCACCCACUGCAUUGACAACUUGAAGGAAAUAGUGGAUCUGCUGGUGAAACUUCAUUUCUCAUCCGAUAUUCACGAAUGGGAGCACUUGCCUUCGUAUGGUCGAAAAGCUCUCAGUGGCUACGUCGGGCUGAAGAACGCCGGAGCCACCUGCUAUAUGAACUCGGUCUUCCAGCAGUUAUACAUGCAACCGGAUGUUCGGCGGACAGUUUUAGAAUGUAAGGAGUGCGACGACAUGGAGAAGGCAGACUCAGUUUUUUUCCAGCUGCAAACCAUGUUUGGGGCUCUUCUUGGCAGUAGUUUGGACCAUUAUACUCCUCAGGGAUUCUGGGAUGCGUACCGGGACUACGAUGGGAUGCCGAUCAAUCUUCGGGAACACCAAGAUGCUUUUGAGUUUUUCAACCGCUUAUACGAUGCUGUUGAUGAUACAUUAAAAGCGACACACCAAGAGACAACGCUGACGAAAAUCUUCGGCGGCAUUUUUGUCCAGCAGGUGAUUAGUCGCGGGUGUAACCAUUGCAGCGAAAGAGACGAACCGUUUGCAGCGAUCAGCGUGGAUGUGAAGAACAAAAGAGAUUUGCUCGAAUCUCUGGAUUCUUUUGUGCGAGGGGACUUGCUCGAGGCUGACAACGCAUAUUACUGUGAUGAAUGUGGCCGGAAGGUUGACGCACUCAAGCGGGUAUGCGUGAAGUCGCUUCCGCAGACUCUUGUGAUUCACCUGAAGCGUUUCGACUUCGACUACGAGACCAUGCAACGGUUGAAGCUCAAGGACAGAUUCGAGUUUCCGAUGCAUCUCGACAUGAAAGCUUUUACGGUGGAAGGAUUGGCCCUCCGUGACAGCAUGAGUCAAGAAAGCUCGAGCCCAGCCACUACAAGCAAUGGUGGUACUGAUGGAAGUAUCUGCAACGAGAAUGGGGGCCUGAACUCCAAACCGGACUCUUACUAUCAGUAUGACUUGGUGGGUGUAGUUGUACAUUCGGGGACCGCAUUUGCUGGACAUUAUUAUUCGUAUAUUAAAGAGAGGCAAGGGGAUAUUGAAAGGUGGAUUGCCUUUGACGAUAAACGAGUGGAACCGUAUGACGUAAACGAUCUCGAGAAGGAUUGUUUCGGUGGAAAAUACAGCGUGGACGUGUAUGAUAAUUUUUUAAAAACCAUGUCGCCACAGGACUUCGAUCGACCGAACAGUGCGUACAUGUUGUUGUACGAAAGGUCCCGUAAUUACGCUCCCAUGGACUCGCCAGCAACGACAUCUCACACAAAAGGUGAAGGCGAUCAAGUAAUGAAGGAUAACUCGAUUAUGGAUCGACUAUUUACUGGGCGCCUAAGAAUGCCAAGCUCAAUACAUCGAAGCGUUCGAAAAGAAAAUCUAAGAUUUGUACACGAGAAUCAUCUCUUGGAUAAGGAUUAUUUUAAGUUUCUUUACAGUUUGGUGGAGGCUAACUCGGAUAUAAUUGAGGGAAGGACUCCUCGGUAUGUUGGUGGACCUGACGACAGCCGAGACAGGAAGGGUGAGACAAGUGGACGUAAAGCCGAUUUAGCGGCCAAGGACUUGAAUGCUAGCGAUUUUGCAGAGCAUAGUAUCAGGAUAGCUUUAGAAUUUUUGUUUAGAGUAUAUUUGAGAACGCACGGUAGCCUUCGUGAAGACUUUCAUCAAUGGAAGGUAGUGGUAACGAUCUGGAAGCUCCUGGAUCACAAUAUAAUCGCCUGUCGAUGUUUUCUCAACACGCUGGUCGAGAGACCGCAAUGGGUGCAGGAUUUCCUCCUUCGGUGUCCCGUUGAAGAAGUUCGACAGGCUUUUGCUGCUCUUCUCGUCCAUGCUCUAAAAACGGCCGUAAAUAUUUAUCAAGGGAACGUGUUUUAUGUGGACAAUUGUGGUAGACAGCAAGACGCUUUGCAUGUCGACGCCAUGGUUGACACGCUGGUAAUACUGCUGAGAGAAGCCGCGUCACCGAAGUCAUAUCUCCAACAGUAUUUCCAAGUUCUUUUGGACUACGUAAAACUGGGUCCCUAUCCACGCCUACAUUUACUUCGGAAAGCUGUUGUGGGUCAUUUGGUGACAUUUGCAACUAAAUUCCAAAUAGCUAAGCAAGAUGCAGUGUACCUCCACACGGCCGUCUCUUUGCUUGUGAGGAGCUGCGAUGCUAGUAAACUUUAUGAUGAACCGGAAGUUGACAAGAAGUCGGACACCGAAACGAAGCCCUGUCAAUCGAACCCUCAACAGUUUUGCUCCUUGUGUUUGAUUCCAAAGGAUGCGGCCGAAGGUGUCUUUAGGCACCGAAUGUACACUUCAAUUUUGAUCAAGACAUGUCCAGAACAGGAGGAAGUUAUUAGACUCGUGGAAUUUUGUUCCUGGCGUAAUGAAACGUUUAGUGUGGCCGUGUUGCAAGAUGUAAUGGAGGCCCUUCAUCACGCUGUAAAUAGUGAAGCAUUGAAACCUAUUCUAUCACUCGCGUACAGGCUUUUGCAACUUGGAGAUAGCUUGCAAGCGACGAGACAAGAGGUUCUUCUCCUCGGUUACGAGAGUUUCCCCAAUGGAGUUCUGGACCUUCUAGUCAGCAAGGCAGUAGCGGUCCACAAGAGGUACUGCCUGAUCAAAUUCAUUGUCAAGCUGGUCGAUUUGUUCCCCGCGUCCCGUGUGCACGUCCUAAGUCGGAAGCAGGACUGGAGGCGAGCCGUGGAUUGGCUGCAACAGGAGCUCCACGGGAUUGGGCUGAGCGGCAGCAUUGCGCCGGUGUCCAACGAGGACCUCUCCAAUGGCUAUCUGAUGAGGACGAGCACCGCGGAAUGGACCUUGACAUCGGCUCGCAAGCUGCUAAGUUGCUAGAGGAUACAAAUAUCCCCAUCUUCUUCUUUGUGUAUUAUAUUACCACAGGCAAAAAAAAGAAACUAUCUUCUUCAGGGCA